AUGGCAAUUGCAAGUUCAGGUACGCAAUCACCUCCACUUACAAAACCAAGUCCUCAACUUGAAGUAGAGACAGUAAAAUGUGACUCUUGUGGAUUCACUGAAGACUGCACUCCUGCUUACAUUUCCCGUGUUCGUGAACGAUACCAAGGUCGUUGGAUUUGUGGGCUUUGUGGGGAGGCGGUGAAAGAUGAAGUACUGAGAUCAGAUAGGCUUAUCUCCACAGAAGAAGCCUUAAACAGACACAUCAGUUUUUGCAAAGACUUUCGGUCCUCGAGUACUCCCGCGAAUCAAACAGAGCAUCCUAUCUUUGUCAUGGGCAGGAUUCUUCGAAGGAGUUUGGAUUCUCCGCGAGCUCUUCGAUCCAAUUCUAGCAGUGUUUUGCCUGAUGUUGACAAGAUUGAAGGGUCUUCCUUGGUUCGAUCAGGGAGUUGUUUCUCUGCUUUAUCUCGUUGA